AUGCCAAUAAACACCAUAAAUUACCACGUCCCAGAAUCGAUAAAGAGGGUGAAUCGAGAGGAAAACGCAGCCACACCUCAAAUUCGUUAUCUUCCUGGACAUUUUCGUAAAACCGCCCUCGGGAAGCCGGAAUCUGGGGUCUGGGGUCUAAGGUCUGGGGUCCGGGGUCCGGGGUCCGGGGUCAGGGGUCCGGGGUCCGGGGUUCGGGGUUCGGGGGUCGGGCUUCGGGGUUCGGGGUACGGGGUUCCGGGGUUCUGGGGUUCGGGGUUCCGGGUUCCGGGGUUCCGGGUUCCGGGUUCCGGGUUCCGGGUUCCGGGUUCCGGGUUCCGGGUUCCGGGUUCCGGGUCGGGGUUCCGGGUUCGGGGUUCCGGUUCGGGGUUCGGGGUUCCGGGUUCCGGUUCCGGGUUCAGGGUUCAGGGUUCAGGGUUCAGGGUUCGGGGUUCAGGGUUCAGGGUUCAGGGUUCGGGGUUCGGGGUUCGGGGUUCAGGGUUCAGGGUUCGGGGUUCGGUUCGGGGUUCGGGGUUCGGGGUUCGGUUCGGGGUUCCGGCUUCCGGGUUCCGGGUUCAGGGUCCAGGGUUUUUCGGGGUUCAGGGUCCAGGGUUUUUCGGGGUUCAGGGUCCAGGGUUUUUCGGGGUUCAGGGUCCAGGGUUUUUCGGGGUUCAGGGUCCAGGGUUUUUCGGGGUUCAGGGUCCAGGGUUUUUCGGGGUUCAGGGUCCAGGGUUUUUCGGGGUUCAGGGUCCAGGGUUUUUCGGGGUUCAGGGUCCAGGGUUUUUCGGGGUUCAGGGUCCAGGGUUUUUCGGGGUUCAGGGUCCAGGGUUUUUCGGGGUUCAGGGUCCAGGGUUUUUCGGGGUUCAGGGUCCAGGGUUUUUCGGGGUUCAGGGUCCAGGGUUUUUCGGGGUUCAGGGUCCAGGGUUUUUCGGGGUUCAGGGUCCAGGGUUUUUCGGGGUUCAGGGUCCAGGGUUUUUCGGGGUUCCGGGUCCAGGGUUUUUCGGGGUUCCGGGUCCAGGGUUUUUCGGGGUUCCGGGUCCAGGGUUCCGGGUUCCGGGUUCCGGGUCCAGGGUUUUUCGGGGUUCCGGGUCCAGGGUUUUUCGGGGUUCCGGGUCCAGGGUUCCGGGUUCAGGGUUCCGGGUUCCGGGUUCCGGGUUCAGGGUUCAGGGUUCAGGGUUCCGGGUUCAGGGUUCAGGGUUCAGGGUUCAGGGUUCAGGGUUCAGGGUUCAGGGUUCAGGGUUCAGGGUUCAGGGUUCAGGGUUCAGGGUUCAGGGUUCAGGGUUCAGGGUUCAGGGUUCAGGGUUCAGGGUUCAGGGUUCAGGGUUCAGGGUUCAGGGUUCAGGGUUCAGGGUUCAGGGUUCAGGGUUCAGGGUUCAGGGUUCAGGGUUCAGGGUUCAGGGUUCAGGGUUCAGGGUUCAGGGUUCAGGGUUCAGGGUUCAGGGUUCAGGGUUCAGGGUUCAGGGUUCAGGGUUCAGGGUUCAGGGUUCAGGGUUCAGGGUUCAGGGUUCAGGGUUCAGGGUUCAGGGUUUAGGGUUUAGGGUUUAG